AUGUCGGGCGACGGAACUGGAGCGCCGCCAACCUGGAGGCGCAGGGUGUACUGGGUCUGCCUGUGCAAGGAGUGGAACUGGCGUGACAAGAGGGCGACCUGCAAGUCGUGCGGGAAGGAGGCGCCAGCGUGGGCGAAGCGCCUGCGCGCGGUGCACCUGCCCCAGGCCGACGGGGAGGGCUUCGUCCAUCAGCCCAGGGGGCGUUCGCACCAGCGUGCAGCGCGCCGAGCUGGUGACGCCUCCAGGACAGCCUCGGCCGCCAGCACCGUGCCGAGCAGCGCGCCCAACAGCAGGGGGCGGCCGCGGGGCGGAGCCAAGCCGCCGCCUUGGCGUGAGGAGCGUGAGGAGCUGCCCGAGGAGCCCGCGUCGAGUCUGGGGCGCAGGUUCGAGGAAGCCCAGGCUCGCAUCUCCAGCCUCCGCGAGGCUGUCGCCAUGGAGGGGGCCAGCGAGGCCUUCCAGCGAGAGGCCAGGGCGGCCCUCCUCGCAGCGGAGGCCUCGGCCGAGAGGGCAGAGGCCGAGCUCCGCGAGAAGGUCGAGAAGCAGAUCACUGCAACCAGAGCCAAGCGUGAGCAGGCCGUGCAGCGAGCUGACUCCCUCAGGGGGAAGAUUGCGGCGAUGCAGGAAGAGCUGGCCGAGGCCGAGUCCGCGGUUGAGGACUUCGACAGCCAGCUCGGCAGGCUCGAGGAGUCGAAGGCUCAGACAGUCCAGCAGGCGCUCCAGCGGGCCAUUGAGGUGUGCGGAGGCCAGCGGCCCCUCGAGACAGCGGUCGGGGGCCUCGUCACCCAGGUCAGCCAGCUGGGUGAGAUGCUUGGCCGCAACUCGGAUGGCGUCGCGCCCGGGCUCCUGGAAAUCAUGGACAUUAUCACCACGCAGAGCGCAGCCAUCUCGGACAUGCUCCACCCCGCUGCGCCUGCGGCCGCGGCAUCGCGCUGGGCCGACGGCCUUGGCGGAGACGGACUCGCCGUCGACGACGAGGAAGGCCUCCCCGCCCCAGCCGCUGGAGCCUCUGCCCCCGCGGUGCAGCGGCCGCCAGCGGAGGCCGCAGGGCAGCAGGCGAGAGUGGGCGGGGCUGUGCCAGCUUGUGAGAGGGCUGCCGGGCAGCUCCGUGCAGGCGUCGGCGUGCUGGACAUCUACGGCAACGCAUGGGACCGUGCCAUGGAGGCGGCCCCCGCCCACUCAGGGGGCGUCGUAGUACUUGCUCGUGAGGACCUUCAGGCGCGCGAAGCUCAGUGGCGAGUGCCGGGGGACUUCAAGCACCGCAUGGUUGCCGAGGACCAGAUCCACAAGGCUGGGCCUACGUCCGGCGUGAUACGGGGGCGGACGGUUACUGGCGUGGCCGACGGAGAGUUGCGCGGUGGGCGUGUCACCGCGUGCCUCUGUGCGGGGCGGCUCCCCCGCGGCGCGGCCUUCGGCCUCGGGCUGCGGCGUGCGGAGCUCCGCAGGGGCCUCGACCUGGAUCCGCUUGUGCUGAUCACGGACCGCACGCCCCAUAUUCUUGCAGGGUGGUUGCGCUCGGGCGAGCUUCCCCUGCCGAUUCUCAGGGGAGCGCUCGAGGCUGCAGCCUCGCGGCAGGCGUCAGCAGCCGUGCCCUGGGUGCACCGCAACUUCCCCGUGGAUGCAGUUGUCCUCGCCCUGGGCAGGAUCGGCUGGUACUUCAGGUCCGUGCGGUGCCUCAUCACGGACGUCGGGGACGUGCUGGACUUGACGCUGAUGGGGCUGCGUGAGCUCGGCCUGGAGGCCAGCCUUGGUGCGAGGCGCGCCUCGGAUCGGCAUGAGAUGCGAAAGCUGGCCUGUGCCUCUUCUUUGUAUGGUUCUUUCGUUUGGGGUGCUUUCAAGGAGCUCAUCGGGCCAGGACGCAAGCUCAGCGAGCGCGAGAGGAACGGCAUGGUCUCCCACCUCACGAACGCGCACUGGCACAGGAGGUUCGAUUUCCCCAUGCUUGCGGCCCAGCGGAGGGGCUCGGUCUCGCCAGUGCUGAUGUGGAGCGCCGUGCGGGCUCGCGCCCUCGGAGAGGCAGCAGGGGAGGACGUUGCUCGGAGCUGGUUGUCAGCGCCGCCGCCUCCCCAAGGGCCUCGCACGGACGCCAUGAGUGUCUGGUGGACAUGCAGGCCGCCCGGCGUCAAGCACAAUGGCAAGUUGUACGUGGACGGAUCGUCGGUCGACCCGCAGUUCUGCGCCUUGGGACACGCGAGCUGGGCGAUUGCUCAAUGCGACGACGACGGCAGCCUCAUCGCGGGCGUCUACGGGACCGUCAGGAGGGUCCUCCGUCCGCAGCAGGCGGCUCGCGGCGGUGAGGACUUUGCGGUCUGGAAGAUGGUGCACUACGCGGGCCCUGCAGUCGAGGAGGUCCGCAUCGACUGCUACGGCACGGCCGGGUGCCCGCGUUGGGGGCUGGCCUAUGCGGCGUGCCCGACCAAGGCCAACGCCCACCUCUGGAGCAGGAGCCUCGCCGCCCCCGAGCCUGGCGGCUCCAGGGUGAACAAGGUUGCCGCCCGCGGCAGCAGGCAGGCGGUGCUCGACGGGCGACUCACGGAGGCGCAGAGGCGCAGCACCCCGCACGCUUGCCGCUCCGCCAAGCUGGGAGCACGGCUGCACGCCGAGGGCGCCCAUACCGUGGGCGAACGCUGCGCCUUGGCGGGCUUCGCCCAGGAGCAGGCCCGCUGGGUGGGCCAGGCGGCGGUCUGCAUGCAGCACUUCGCGGAGAAGGACAGUUGCAGCUUCCUCGAGUCCGACGAGAGGCGGCAGGUGCGGUUCGCCAACCAGGAGGAGCGGGCCGCGCUGCCCACUCCAUGCAGGCCGACGGCGCAGCAGCCGCGAGUGGAGAGCGUCCGCUCGGUGGCCUGCGCGGGCGGCCUCUCCAUCACCACGGCUGGCAUCCGCUGCCGCUGCCACUCCCUGACACACGCGUGCUGCGGCGCAGGCGGGGAGUCCCAGGAGCUGGUGGCGCGCGGCAAGUGCGGCGCCUACAUGGGCUACACCCAAGUGGUCAACCACGCGGAGGUGUUCAGCAGCGCAGGGAGAAAGGCCUUCCAGGCGAGGCUGGGCCUCGAGGGAGAGGAGGCGCCCCAGCAGCAGGUGGCAGCUCAGCGGCAGCAGCGUCGUGUGGUGCAGGCGGCUGAGGGCAUUGGGACGGCGGGCAGCGUCCCGCGGGCCGCCAUGCUGGCCGAGUACGGCCUGGACGUGCUGGACCUCGCCGAGCGGGUGUUGCCCGCCUACGCCGCCGCGUAG